AUGAACUCUCUCGUGAAAUGGUGCGUGGGGCUGCUCGUGCUCGUCUCUGUGCUCCUCAACCUCGUUCUGAUCGUGGUCUACUCCCGCGGGACUCCCACGUGCUCGGCCCGGAGUAAACAUGAGCCGCGGGGGAAACAUGACAAGCGCAGUGGCGUGUUCGCGGACCUGAGCCGGGACGAGUACGCGCAGGUCCAGGAGUACAUGCUCCGACAGAAGGACCUGAACAUCUCCACGCGCCAGGGCACGAGACCGGAUGAGAACUUUCUUUUCCUCAUUGACCUGCGCGUGCCACGAAAGGCCGAGGUUCUGGAGUACCUGGACGCGCGCGGCCCCGCACCGCGCAGAGAGGCGACAGUAGUGGUCUUCUACGGAACCAAGGGCUACAUUAAAGAGUAUGCGGUGGGACCACUGCCCAACCCCAACUCCCACCGCGACGUGACGCGUGAGCGCUACGGCACCGAGCUGCCGCUGAGCGCGCGCACUGUCACCGUUGGAGAGUACAUUAUUCUGUUCAAGUUUCUGGAGGAGAGGGUUAACGCGCCCCUGAGCGCGCUCCUGCGGGAGAGCUUCGGGGUAAAUGAUGACUACAAACUGAAAGGCUUUGAGGCGAUGCCGCGCGGUUUACGCGCGGGAGAGCGCAAGACUUGGAUCUCGUUUUUCCGUGACCUGAGUGGAUUCUACAUCCAGCCCGUGGGCUUUGAGGUGCUCGUGAACCACCAGAGCAUCAAUACGUCACAGUGGCGCGUGGAGCGCCUCUUUUACAACGGUCAGUACUUUGCGUCAGUGGACGAGCUGCGGGACGCGUACAGCGCGGGCACCGUGAAGAAGAUUGUGUAUGAACCACCGAAGGACUACGGCUCCCUGAAGCCCCGGACCAAAUCCCUGCAGCUCGGACCGCAGCUCGUGAGCCCCGAGGGCGCGCGCUACAGCGUGAGCCACAACCACGUGCUGUACAUGGACUGGAGCUUUGCCUUCGGGCUCAGCUCGCUCACUGGCAUGCGCGUGUUCGACGUGCGCUUCAGAAACGAGCGCAUCCUUUAUGAGCUGAGCGUGCAGGAGGCCAUGACCGUGUACGGCUCAGUGACUCCUGGUCUAGCAAUGACUAAGUUCCUGGAUUCCAGUAUCGGCAUCGGGCGUUUUGCGCAUGAGCUCGUGCGCGGCGUGGACUGUCCAUAUGAGGCUACGUACGUGGACACGUACAGGUACAUAGACGUGUCACAGCCCAUGCGCUUUCGGAACUCCAUCUGUAUCUUCGAGCUGUACCUGGGCCAGCCUCUGCGCAGACACUUUGCGGACUUCUUCCACAACAGUUACGGCGGAAUGCCGAGUACUGCGCUUGUUGUCAGGACCAUCACCGCCAUAGCAAAUUACGAUUAUUUAUGGGAUUUCAUUUUCUACCAAAAUGGCGCAGUGGAGGCCAAGGUGCACGCGACAGGAUACAUCACGUCCUCCUUCCUCGUGCAGGGCAAUCUCAAACACGGGCACCAGGUGGCGCCAAACGUGCUCGGGAACAUACACACGCACUUCAUCAACUUCAAAGCUGACCUGGACGUCGCAGGAGUGAAGAACAUGUUCCAGACCAAAGACAUGGAGUACAAGAACAUAUCUCUGCCCUGGGUACCCGAGCACCACGCCAUGGUCCCUCACCUGGUGGAGAAGACUGUGCACACUGAACAGGAGGCUGCUCUGCGUCACGGCUCGAAGACUCCACGGUACCUGCACAUCUCCAGUAACCAGACCAACCGCUGGGGCCACCCACGCUCCUACAGGCUGCAGGUGUACAGCUUCGCCGGGGACCACCUCCCUGAGAGCCAGCCUGAGGAGAGAUCCAUGUCCUGGGCCAGAUACAAAGUGUCCAUCACCAAACACAAGGACCAGGAGCAGACCAGCAGCAGCCUCUACAGUCAGAACAACAUGUGGAGUCCAGCGGUGGACUUCAGCACUUUUAUCCAGGACAACGAAAACAUCCUCAACCAGGACCUGGUUGCCUGGGUGACGGCUGGUUUCCUCCACAUCCCUCAUGCAGAGGACAUCCCUAACACUGUUACCGUGGGAAGCGGGGGUGGAGUCCUGCUGCGGCCCCAUAACUACUUUAACGAGGACCCGUCCAUUGACUCUCCUGACAGCGUGUACCUGGGCCCCGGCUCCGAGAGCAGCUGUGACACCAACCGCAUGGCCUGUCUGGCCCAAGAGACCUGUGCCCCGGGAAUGGAACCCUUCACCUACCACGGCUUUGAAGGAGCUAUCAAGUUUCAAGACUGAGAAUACUGAGAAAGAAAGUUAUUCAAAGUCAUCCAGCGACAGAAACCAGCCCCACUGAGACAUGCUCACUAUGUUUACAUGUCUUAUUGUCGACAUAAAGUUUUUGGAAUAUAGACUUACAUUGGGAAUAGGAACCACAACUUUUAUUCAAGUAAGAGGACUGUUAAAGAUGCAAAACGCUGAAACGCGUUGGGACUUUGUAAGUUGUCCAUUAAGACAUGCCAUAAAUUAAUAAAGACGUUUUAUUUGAA